GGCUCAUCAACAGGACCGAAAAGCCGAGGCUUUGGUCAACCGUAGAAAAUUUGCAGAUGCCAUAACUUGUCAUCAAAAGGCAUUAGUGAUAGGUUACAGAAGAGGUCAACAUGUGGAAAGAACAUCAGCAUACCUGCCAACUCUCCCAGUUUUCGUGGGAGUCUCCAAGUUUUUCAUUAACUCUACCGGUCUUCUGGUUGGAGCACCAAAUCUCCUGGGAAAUACCUGCCGUGGCUUUUUUUCAUUUUUUUUUUAAAUAAUUUAGUUGUUUUUGGUCAACAUGUGGCAAGAACAUCAGCAUACCUGCCAACUCUCCUGCUUUUCGUGGGAGUGUCCAAGUUUUUCAUCAACUCUACCGGUCUCCUGGUUGGAGCACCAAAUCUCCUGGGAAGUACCUGCCGUGGCUUUUUUCAUUUUUUUUUCAAUAAUUUAGUUGUUUUUGAGAUGUCAAAAAGGAUUUGGUGCUCUUAUUUAAACUGUUCUCGAUCUGAAAAAGUAAAACAGAGCAGUCAAAUUGAUAUACAUUUAAUGAGUAUUGUAAUUGGUUGGAAAUCAACCAAUCAGAUUGCACAAUACAUGAUAGAAAUAAGUGCGGUUCAGGUUGUCGCGCGCAGUUUACAUGAAGACAUCUACAGAUUUUUGUACUCUGGGGGUUGCAUGGCAGGUAUGCACACUUGGCUGGGCCACUUGUGCCACCUUUUUGUUCAUACCACAUUUUGUCAAUUGGAAAAUGGAACAGAAUAUGAAGACUUACAAUAUCUUUGUAAUAAUCCCUAUGAUCUCCCUCUUUUGAACCAAAGACUAUUGAUUCAACAAUUAUUUGAUUAGUAUUAUAAUAGAUAGAAUGAUUAUGAAUCAUGCUUAAUUUUGAUAGUUACUGAAAGGUAAUACUUUCAAAACUGAUAUUUUUUAUGUAGCAGAGUACAUGAAAGAUUUGGUGUUAAUUGUUUUCUUUUGAAUGUUUUUUAUGAUAAUUUAGAAUUCCUCCAGGAAGCUAUUAAGAUGACUCAGGUGAAACAGGCACUAGUUUCCUUGCAGUUACAGAUGAACAAUCAUUGUAGACAGCAAAGAAUCCUGAAAGAAAAAUGGAAGCGAUGUCAAAUUGAGCAAGAGAAGAAAAAACAGGAGCAGGCCAAAAUAUUACAAGAAAGGCAAAAUCAGGAAGUUGUUCGGAGUGAAAUUUCAUCAAAAUUAGAGGAAAAGACUACUGAAUCAGUUGAUGGGAAAAAAAAUACAGAAUGUUCACAAUCAAGCAGCUUGGUAAUAUCUGCAGAGAACUUUUCAGUAUCAUCCACGAGUUCAUCUUCUGAUUGUGCUGCCUCCAGAGAUGAGAAAUCAGUUGUCAAAGAUCUUGAAGGACAAGUCAGUGAAUUGCAAAUGCAGGUUCUCUCCCUUAGUCAAGAUUUAGAGGACUCUAACAGGGAGAACUCAAGGCUAAGGAAAGCUCUUGACAAUCUGCGACAAUUUAUACGCUUCAAAUUUGGUUAUGAACUUGAGAAUGAAAUGUUUGCAGCAAAUCUUAUCAAGAGCCAGAGUGAAACUGACUCUGAGUCAAUUUUUCAUAAUACUGACUUAAAUCUACCUGCAGAAAAUGACAAAAGGAUUGCAUAUGUUCAGUCUGAUAAGGAUUAUAAAGAGUCAGACCAAGCAAUUAAAGAACUUGAUGAAAAUACUGAUGGUGAAGAAGAUAUACCUCUUCCACCUUUAGAGACACCGCACUUUACCUAUGAAAGUGUAGUAGGACAGGAAGAAACCACUUAAUUUAGCCUGAUUUGUGAAAAGAUAGCCAGGGUUUGAAUGUAGGAUUUGAAAUUGUGUCUGCCAAAAUUGAUAAUUUGGCCCACAUAUUUUAGGCCUGUCAUUUUGAAUCUUUGCUAUUAUUCUCCAAGGUAGACAAACAUCAAAGGAAGACAAAGUCAUUAAACUUAACCUUUCCAUUGAUUGGUCCUGUUUUUUCAUCUACCUUGGAAUUCUGUGUGUUCUUCAAUUUUUCAACCACCCAAAUUAAGAAGUAACUCUAUUAUGGUGUAGUGAGGUUCCAAUCAAUACAAAUAGAAAAGCUAACUUGUUCCCACUUUUAAUUAAGUAUGGCUUAAGUAUACUGGAAUUACUGUA